AUGAGACUCUUCUCCGCUGCUGCUUGCGUCGCUGCGCUGUCUGCCGGCAGCCUCGUCUCCGCCGGAUCUUGGUUCGGCGGCGCCGACGACAUCGUCGUGAACGAGGCCAACAAGGUCCCUGGCGAUUCACCCCUCGAGUUCUGCAAUGCCGAGCGCGCCCAGGAUACCGUGUCUAUCGAGAAGGUCGACCUCUUGCCGAACCCACCCGAGGCAGGUUCCGCCCUCGUCAUCCGUGCCGCGGGCACCGUCUUCGAACCCAUCCGAAAGGGCGCCUACGUCAAACUGGUCGUCAAGUACGGUCUGAUCCGCCUCAUCAGCACCACGGCCGACCUGUGCGAGCAGGUCGAGAAUGUAGACCUCAAGUGCCCCAUUGAGAAGGGCGUGCUCCAGAUCACUAAGUCUGUUGAUCUGCCUAAGGAGAUCCCGCCCGGAACUUACAACGUCUUUGCCGACGUCUACAACGACGAUGACACUCAUGUUACCUGCCUUCAGGCCACCGUGACCUUUGGCAUGGGCAAGCCGAAGUCCGGGGCCGUCGACUCUGGUAAUGAGUUAUAA